AUGGACCGUAGGAUGCGCGUCUCUGCGGCGCUCAUAUUCUUCAUGACCACUUUAAUGACAAUAGCUGCCUUCGUACCCGGGGCGGAUGGGCCAGUGUCCAGACAAGACGCCCUAGAGGGCGGUAACACCACGUUGCUUUGUGACUCUACACCUGAUACAGCAGACGAUGAAUUAAUGCUGCUGGUGUGGUACAAGGAUAAUGCACCCAUUUUCAGCUUCGAUGCUCGCACAGAAACAAAAUGGUCGAGCAUAACCUUUAACACAAGUAAGAGAUUGCAAGCGGACAUACGCCAACAGCCUACAGCACUCGUGAUUUCUGACCUAAGAGGAGAUGACCAGGCUUUGUACCACUGCCGGGUGGACUUCCUUCUGGCACCCACCAGGAACAUUGGUGUCAAUUUAACGGUUAUUGUGUUGCCGAGUCAGCCGUUUUUUCUGGAUGAACUUGGGAAUAAAGUAGAGAACAAAAUAGGACCUUAUCACGAAGGAGAUACUUUAGUUUUAAGCUGUCUGGUAAUUGGAGGUAGACCACCACCACGGAUAAGCUGGUACUCUGGCGAAGACCUGGUGGACGCGUCCGACGGUGUCAGCGACAUCCCCGGAGUGAGGGAGAACGAACUAUACUUACCUCUCACUCGGGACAACGCGCAGUCACUCUCGUGCAGAGCUACUAACACCCAAUUAACACGGCCUGUGAUAACUGCACUUGAAAUAGAAUUGUACUUACCCGCUUACAACGUUUCCAUCCUCUGGGUCGGUGGAACUGAUGGUGAUGCCCUCCAAGCAGGCAAACCCGCGGUUGCGCGGUGUAUAGCACACGGAUCCUACCCAUCACCAGAUAUCCUGUGGUGGCUGGACCAUAGACAUUUAUCGCAACAUAGUAAUCAGAGCAUCAUUAAUUCCUCCAAUACAGCAAUUUCUCAUUUGGAGUUAACGCCAUCUGUCGGCGACAAUGGCGCAACUCUUGCGUGUAUCGCGACUAACAGUGCAAUGGCACCCGACAGAAACUCCAAGGCGGAUGUAGUUGUACUAAAUGUUACAUAUAGCCCAUUAGUAGAAAUAAUUAAAGAAGGAGAUGGAAGACUGAAUGAAAUCGUUGAAUUAGACACUUUGCAUUUGACCUGUGACAGUAAAGCCAACCCACCUAUUGAAAACUAUACUUGGUUUUUUAAUGAUAUAGAAAUGAAGCCAAACAGUAUAUGGGGCAGUGUGACAAACACACAGACUCUUAAAAUCCUAGAAGUCGAACGCAAGCACGCUGGGAGGUACUCUUGCGCAGCUGCCAACAGCGUCGGCGAGACUAGGACAGAAGCUCUUAGUAUUAUUGUAUACUAUCCCCCUGAAUGCGCAAAAGGCAUAACUCUAGUCAAGGAAACGUUGAAAUGCAAUGUGAACGGUCUUCCCGAACCCGAUACUUUCUUCUGGCACAUUCAGCCUUCUGGUGAAGAGAUCCAGCACUUGACCACUGGGUCUCCCGUUCUUCCGCUAAGCCAGGUCACUGGAGGCCUGUCGGGUUUACUGGAAGCCAGUUGUGAAGCUGGAAAUGGUAUCGCGUCCCAGGAUAAGCCUUGUAAGAGGGUGUUUUCUUUGGAACAGCUGAGACCACCUCAGCCGCAGCAAUGUGAUCUUGCUUAUGAGUAUGAAGAGUUUCAGAUGAGAUGUGUUCCAGUGGAAAACGCUACGUACUACGAGGUAUCAGUGUGGAGGAUGUCCACAUCUAAUGCUUCGCUAUUGCUCGAGAGGCGAGGGUCCAUGGGUUUUGGGGUCAGCCAGGCCCUCGCUCAAGGCGGUGGUGGCCCGUGGCUGGUCAGAGGACCCUUGGGAACGCUGAAGAUGGGAGAUGAGGCUGCAGCAUCAGCGUGCAAUAGAUACGGCUGUUCUAGACCGUUAUUGUUGCGUCCUUCCGAAAAUUUGCUGGAUGCUGCCGUGACACCGUGGUGGAAAUAUAAAGACGUCGGCAUUUCCGUUGGAGCUAUAGUCUUGGUCGUGCUUUUCAUCACCUCUACGAGUCUUCUCAUUCGGCUUAUCAGACGUUCCAGGAGAAAAGUUCCUGUCAUCCAAGUACUGCAAUUGGACGACGUCGCGAGAGACUACUUGGAUACGAUAGGAGAGCAUAAAGUACACGCUUCCUGCAGCCUCCGGUCGUGCAGCAGCGGAUAUUCUGAUGGCUCUACGGAAUCAGCACCAGCGGUGGACAGGCGGCGGAAGCCACGCACUUUGUGGGAGUGGGAACCGCCACCGCCAGAUGUCACUUUAACUUUGCAUAGAGAGAGCGCUGUUUAG